UAUUACGGCGGGUUCCGACGCGUUUCGUGUUCGACCGGUUCGUUUGUCUGAAAUCAAACUGAUAAUAGUAAAUUCUCUCCACUUCGACCAAAAAAAAUCUCCAUUAUGAUCACCGCAGUGGUUUCUCCGAAGCGUGAAAGAGAAGACGAUGUGGACGACGAAGACAACGAGGACGGUGGGGGCAAAGUUGCAGUGCCAGUCAAAAAAGGACGAGGUCGUGUAGCAGAGGACCGACGAAGCCGCCACUGCCCGUAUCUCGACACCAUAAACAGGAGUGUGCUGGACUUUGACUUUGAGAAGCUCUGCUCAAUCUCCCUCUCACACAUCAACGUUUAUGCCUGCCUCAUAUGUGGGAAGUACUUUCAAGGUCGAGGUCUGAAAUCCCACGCGUACACCCACAGUGUCCAAUUUACUCAUCACGUGUUCCUCAACCUGCACACACUCAAGUUUUAUUGUCUGCCUGACAACUACGAGAUCAUUGACUCUUCACUAGAAGACAUUACGUAUGUGCUUAAACCGACAUUCACCAAGCAGCACAUUUCGGGUUUGGACAAGCAGGGCAAACUUUACAGAGCCUACGAUGGAACGACUUAUCUGCCAGGCAUUGUUGGCCUCAACAACAUUAAAGCCAAUGACUACGCCAAUGUGGUCUUACAGGCCUUUUCCAACGUCCCGCCACUGCGGAACUACUUUUUGGAGGAGGAAAACUAUCGAGGGAUCCGAAGACCACCGGGGGACAUCAUGUUCCUCCUGGUGCAGCGCUUUGGUGAGCUGAUGCGCAAACUUUGGAAUCCCAGAAACUUCAAGGCCCACGUGUCUCCUCAUGAGAUGCUCCAGGCCGUGGUGCUUUGCAGCAAGAAGAACUUCCAAAUCACCAAUCAAGGAGACGCUGUGGACUUCAUGACAUGGUUUUUAAAUGCAAUGCAUGGUGCUCUUGGGGGCACAAAGAAAAAGCCAACAAUCCUAACAAAAGCAUUCCAAGGCUCCAUGCGGAUCUUCUCAAAGAAGUUACCACACCCAGAUUUGACGCCAGAGGAGAAGGAGGCGCUGCUCCUGACCAGCGAGUACCAAGAGCAGAUGUCCGAGUCCACGUUCUUCUUCUUGACCCUUGAUCUCCCAACAGCCCCCUUGUACAAGGAUGAGAAGGAGCAGCUCAUCAUCCCACAAGUUCCUCUCUUCAACAUCCUGGGCAAGUUCAAUGGCAGCACAGAGAAGGAGUACAAAACAUACAAGGAGAACUUCCUGAAAAGAUUCCAGUUGACCAAACUCCCACCCUACCUCAUCUUUUGCAUCAAAAGGUUCACAAAGAAUAACUUCUUUGUGGAAAAGAACCCCACCAUCGUCAACUUCCCCAUCACAAAUGUAGAUCUCCGUGAGUACUUGACCGAAGAAGCCCAAGUCACGGAGAAGAACACAACGUAUGACCUGGUUGCCAAUGUGGUGCAUGAUGGGAAACCAACCGAAGGCGCUUACAGGAUACAUGUACUGCAUCAUGGAACUGGAAAGUGGUACGAGAUGCAGGACCUGCAGGUGAUCGACAUCCUCCCUCAGAUGAUCACUUUAUCAGAGGCCUACAUCCAGAUUUGGAAGAGACAGGAGAGUGGCAAGGAUGUAAACAACCACACUGGUGCAUAGUGGUAAAAAGGAGCAACACAAGACCGAAACUCAGUUUUUUUUAGUCACAAAAAGAAAGAAAAAACUAUAUGUAUUAUUUUCCACGUUUAGUGUUUUUAUGUUUCUAAAUAAACAUUAUUCUGCCUCUAUGUUUAACAUUAGAGCAAGAAAGA